AUGGGGAAACCUCCAGGAAUGAAUCGCUCCUUCGUCAAGGUUUUGGUAGCUUUAUUGACAUACUUCAUGGAGACAAACAACUUCAGAGUUGUGGAUGCCAAGGAGUACGAUUCCAGAUCAUCCUCCAACAUGUCUCCAUCAGACUUUCUGGACUCACUCAUGGGUCGCACGUCCGGGUAUGAUGCACGAAUACGACCGAAUUUUAAAGGUCCACCCGUUAAUGUUACCUGCAACAUAUUUAUCAACAGCUUUGGUUCUAUAGCAGAAACUACUAUGGAUUACAGGGUGAACAUCUUCUUGCGGCAGAAGUGGAAUGACCCUCGGCUGGCGUACAGCAAAUACCCGGACUCCUCCCUUGACCUGGACCCGUCCAUGUUGGACUCCAUAUGGAAGCCCGACCUCUUCUUUGCCAACGAGAAAGGAGCCAACUUCCACGACGUCACCACCGACAACAAGCUGCUGCGGAUCUUCAAGGAUGGGACGGUCCUCUACAGCAUCAGGUUGACUCUCAUCCUCUCCUGCCCGAUGGAUCUGAAGAACUUCCCGAUGGACGUCCAAACUUGUACGAUGCAGCUGGAAAGUUUUGGCUACACCAUGAACGACCUGGUGUUCGAGUGGGAGGCGGACGGUGCAGUGCAGGUGUCAGUGGGGCUCACCCUGCCUCAGUUCAUUAUGAGGGAGGAGCAGGAGCUGGGCUACUGCACCAAACACUACAACACUGGUAAAUUCACCUGUAUCGAAGUGAAAUUCCACCUGGAGCGUCAGAUGGGCUACUACCUGAUCCAGAUGUACAUCCCCUCUCUCCUGAUCGUCAUCCUCUCCUGGGUGUCCUUCUGGAUCAACAUGGACGCUGCUCCUGCCCGAGUGGCCCUGGGCAUCACCACUGUGCUUACCAUGACAACCCAAAGCUCCGGCUCCAGAGCUUCUCUUCCAAAGGUUUCUUACGUGAAAGCCAUCGAUAUCUGGAUGGCUGUGUGUCUGCUCUUUGUAUUUGCUGCAUUGCUGGAAUAUGCCGGGGUUAAUUUUGUCUCCAGGCAACAGAAGGAGUUCCUUCGGCUGAGGCGAAGACAAAGGAGGAAUCAAAAGGAUGAGGACAUGCGUGAGGGCCGCUUUAAUUUCGCUGGCUACAACAUGAGCCAGUGUCUGCCAACAAAGGACGGCUCAGCUGUUAAGAAUGUCGCUCCGGCCCCGAACCCCCAACCGCCCGUCCCGAAGGACAUAGACACCAUAAGGAAGAAGUUUGUGGACAGAGCCAAGAGGAUAGACACGAUCUCCAGGGCCGCGUUUCCUCUGGCCUUCCUCAUCUUCAACGUCUUCUACUGGGUCACCUACAAGAUCAUCAGAUAUGAGGGCAUCGACAAGAAGUAA